CACCUUGGCCAGCCUCCCCGGCUCCCAGCAAGCCACUCUUUUGCACUUCCUUAUCAGGCUUCUCUGACCCGGCAGGGCAGUUUGGGCAAGUAACCUGAGCCUUUGUCCCACUGCGGACCCGUGCAGAGAAGUUGCUGAGCACCUGACGCAGAUUAACGAUAAGGAGCCGUUGGAAGGAAGAGCAGGGGAGGGGCCUUGGCCCUGAGCACCUGCACAGAAGACUCAGCAGGUGGUCGGAAUGCCAGGCAGUGGAAACUACCAAGAGUUCAAAACAGUGGAGAUGCAGCAGCAGCAGGAGGGGCUGGAAGAGAAGAGCAAGGGAAAUCCCGGUGCUGGAACAGUGCAGGAACCGGAUUCAGGAUUCUCUCCGCCGUCUGCUCCCAAGACCAUGCUGUACCCACGCCCCCACGCCGACCCCUACGAUUCAAGGAAAUACUUCGCCACCAGGCCUGGAGCCUUUGACCAAGCCAUGGAUGACCUCAGGGCCCAUGUGAUAGCAAACAUGGGGGAAACGGCCCACAGCUUCUGGCUUCUGGCUGAGAUAGACCACUGGAACAACGAGAAGGAGCGUGUGGUGGUCAUCACAGACUCUGCCCUCCUGGUCUGCAAAUACGACUUCAUCAUGCUCAAGUGCCUGGAGCUGCAGAGGGUCCCCCUGAGCUACAUCAACCGCAUCUGCCUGGGACCUUUCACCUUUCCAGAGAAGUCCUUGGACAGGAGGGAGGGAGAAGGCCUGAGGAUCUUCUGGGACAAACAGCGAGAACCAUCUCUCCUGGUGCGCUGGAACCCUUUCUCCACCGACAUGCCUUACACGACCUUCACAGAGCACCCGGUGAAGAACAUCAACCAGAGGUUUAGCACCAUCUGCCAGAUCUCUGCCUUCACUGCUCAGCUGGUUCAAGCCGUCCAGAAUGCCGAAAGAAUGGAUCCCACAGCUGGCCGAACUGCCGGGGUUGAGGUGGCCCACGAGCCCCUCCUCAUAGAGACCUACACAGGGCUGAUGUCUUUCCUUGGAAACCGAAACAAGCUGGGUUAUUCCCUCGCUCGGGGGAGUUUUGGCUUCUGAACGUCCAGCGAAUCAGGGGUUUUCCUUUUGUGGUGAAUGUGUUGUGUUUAUUCCCCCUGCACCUUGAAAUGUUGCUAAAGAGGAUGGGGGUUGUUAAUGAAAGGGCUGUGAGAUGCAACACCCCCCCCCACCCGGCCUUAUAAUGUAGGAAACUGUGUGCUGAGUCCAACCAUUUAGCUCAUCGUGGGCAUCAUCUCAGGCUGGAAGCAGCUCUCCAAGGUUGCAGACUUUCCCCAGGAGUAGUCUGGGGAUUGAACCAGAGUCCUUCUGCAUGCAAAGCAGGUGCUCUGUUACUGAGCUACCGUCCUGGAAUGGCAAAACCUCCUUUUGCAGGGUUGAGGGCCACAAAGGGUUUAACCACAGGGUCUGUCUGGAAAGAUCUCUCCUCUUGAAAGGAACCACAGUUCUCUUGAAGCCCAACAGCUGCCUGCAAGCCAAUGGCCCAUCCAGUCCAGCAUCCUGUUCUCACAGGGGCCAACCAGAUGCCUGGGGAAAACCCGCAAGCAGGACCUGAGCACAAGAGCAACACUCUCCCCUCCUGUGGUUUCCAGCAACUGGUGUUCAGAAGCAUUGCUACCUCCAGCUAUUGAGGCAGCGUAUAGUCAUUGUGGCUAACAGGUCAAAUGGUGUUCAUAGAACUGUAGAAAAGGAUGUCAUAUGGAGGAGGGAGAAAGAUUGUUUUCUGCUGCUCCAGAGAAGCGGACACAGAGCAAUGGAUUCAAACUACAAGAAAGAAGAUUCCACCUAAACAUUAGGAAGAACUUCCUGACAGUAAGAGCUGUUCGGCAGUGGAAUUUGCUACCAAGGAGUGUGGUGGAGUCUCCUUCUUUGGAGGUCUUUAAGCAGAGGCUUGACAGGCAUAUGUCAGGAAUGCUUUGAUGGUGUUUCCUGCUUGGCAGGGGGUUGGACUGGAUGGCCCUUGUGGUCUCUUCCAACUCUAUGAUUCUAUGAUUCUAGAAUUGGAAGGGAACCCGACGUUCUUCUAGGUCAGCCCCCUUCAGUGCAGGAAUGUCGUAUCUGAGGAACAUCUGAACACGGUCCUCCUUGUUGUUGUUUUCCAUUGCAAGCUUCUCUCCUGAUAACUCGGGGAUGCUUUAGCUGAGAUUCCUGCAUAGAUGACACUCGGGGUCCUUUCCAGCUCUAUGGUUCUAUGAUUCUAUGAGCAUUCAGCUCAUUGUAUCUAAAAUGCAGUGACAAGAAUAAAGAAAACCCGUGGCACAUUUGGGUGAAUCUUGCCCUGUUGCCAAAGCAAAACCACCCUCACCUAGUCUCGGGUUUCCACCUCUACAACCUAGGGAUUAGCCAAGCCUACCCAGCAAGGUUGUUGUACGAGGCAAUGUAAAGAUUUUAGAACACUCUGCGGCAGCAGCAGUCCUAAGCCAUUGAAUUCCAGGGGGCACAAUGUGAAUUGCUUCAGCUGAGCAAUUGGAGCCUGAAGCUGAGGCUCCAAUACUUUGACCACCUCAUGAGAUGAGAAGACUCCCUGGAAAAGACCCUGAUGUUGGGAAAGGGAGAAGGGGACGACAGAGGACGAGAUGGUUGGACAGUGUUCUCGAAGCCACCAACAUGAGUUUGACCAAACUGCAGGACGCAGUGGAAGACAGGAGUGCCUGGCGUGCUCUGGUCCAUAGGGUCACAAAGAUUCGGACAUGACUGAAUGACUAAACAACAACAACAACGCUUCUGAACACCAGUUGUUGUAAACCAUAGAAUCAUAGAGUUGGAAGAGACCACAAGGGUCAUCCGGUCCAACCCCCUGCCAAGCAGGAACACCAUCAAAGCAUCCUUGACAUAUGCCUGUCAAGCCUCUGCUUAAAGACCUCCAAAGAAGGAGACUCCACCACACUCCUUGGUAGCAAAUUCCACUGCCGAACAGUUCUUACUGUCAGGAAGGGAAGAGUUGCUCUUGGGCUCAAGUGCUGUUUGUGGGUUUCCCAUAUUGGGCUUCUUGUCAGUGAAGUUCUACUCAGUAUUGAUCCAGGGUAGAUCCCAAUGUAUAGUUAGCAGAGUAACAACUUAAACGCGUUGCAGGAUUCCCCAAAAAUAGACCAGAGGCCCUUGUAUUUCAUCCAGAGCUUUACUGCUACUGAAGGCAAAUGAGCAUAAUGGUCACAAAUCCAAUACAUUCAGGAUUGGCACGGCCCAUAAAGAAUCCAGUUGCAGCAGACUUAACUUACAAUAAUUUACAAUAACUUACAAUAAGACUAAACCUUAACACUGUAGCAUACUAUGUACAGAACACCACACCAGAAAUAAGAGAGAUAAGAAAGAGAAAGAGAAACCCAGGUUCUUUCUGGCCUCACUAUUAUAGUCAGCAUGACCUUGACAGAAAGAGAGAAGAGAACCAGUUUAAGCCAGCUGUACUCAUCUUCUCUGAAGGAAUAACCCAAACAUCAUGAACCUUCUGCUUGUUGCUUUCACGCAGAGAAGCUUCCAGAACCCUCUUGAAUUAAGUGGAAUAGGAAAGAUCUCUACACAUCAGAGCAAUGCUUUCUGCACUAGGAAAUGCAAACUGUGAGAACAGGAAGCUGGAUUAGGAGAUAAGAGAGAUAAUCUGGAAGACAGGUCACACCCACCUGUCCAGGUGAUGGAACUGGCUUUGCAGUUGGGUCAGAGAAAGCCAAAGGCACCUGGGGAAUUGGGGCUGGUUGCAGGAUGGAUGGGGUCCCCCCAAAAGUGCCAUCUGGUGCCCCCCCUAAGAAUGAGACCCACACACACUUCCCAUAGCAAAUGACAGGUCAUGAGGGCCUCAUCUAGAUGGUCCUGGCACCUCAAUCUGUACCCCAACCGUGGACCAGAAGUUAUUUUCUUCUCAUUGUUUUUUAUUUCAGUUAUGUCUGUGUUAUCUAGAUUAUUAGCGGGUCAUGAGAAGAACAACUGUUGGGAGAUUGCUGCUUGAGUUUGAUGUUCCUCGUCCCUCUUUGUCUCUUUCCCUUUGUGUACCAUGUUUUUUCUUUUUCUAUUGUACGUCCGUGGGAAGAGGCUGCCUUGUUUUGAUAGUAUGUAAGCUGCUCUGGAGGCCUUUAUUGGCUGAGGAGCGGCGCAAAUGUGGACCCAGUAAAGAAAUAAAUAUUCUGUGUGUUGCCA